CUUGCUCGGCAAGAACUUCAAGCAUGUAUAUAAGGCACAGAUGAACAUCUCUGCCAAAGCUCCAGAACAACUCAGCAUCAUCAGCCUCCAAACCAAACAACCACCAAUCUUCCAUCUCCUCAAUCACUGACCAGCAACUUCAUCUCUCUCUCUCUGUCUCUCUCUGAGAACUUCACUAAAAACACAAAAUAAGCCCUAAAAUUGUCAAAAUGCAGUUCUCCACCCUCUCCAUCAUGACCCUCGCCUGCACCGCCUUCGCGGCCGCGGCACCCGUCGAGCCUCGCGACGCAGCCUGCAACAUCGCCGUCGCGGCCUCCGAGGUGUCUUGCAUCAAGGGUUGCGGAAAGAACGAGGGUUGCAUCACCGACUGCACCUUAACUGCCGUCUCUGCUUAUCUGAAAUGCGCUGGGUUUUAAGCUGGGGGUUGGGAUUUGUGGGUAGAUUUGAUGCAUAUGACUGCGAAGGGCGGAUAGAAUCUCUCAUUGAUGGUAGUUUUGUUCGGAGUGGGAAACAGAGGUAUAGAUUGGGAAGAUGAUUAGAAAGGUUGCAAUACGGUUCUUGAGUAUUCCUACAUUCAUUUAGGCCAUGGUUUCAAAGAGGGGAUUCUAGAUUAGAAAAAGGAUAACUUCUUAGUCCUUUGACGUUGGUGCAGCCAUCACUCUCAGCAACUUGCUUCUGUUGAUCCCCAUUGCCAUUUUAGUCUCUUACUUGUAAGCAUA